GUACAAGGAUGACGUCAUCUCGCGAAGCGAAAGUGAUUUCAUUUAAGCGGAUUUUAGCGUUUGUUCGGCGUAAAACAGUUGUCGAAAAUGUCGCAACAGCUCGCAAUAUCGCGUUAUUUUUACGCCCAGAGUCGAUGCGGCCCAUCGGAAAAGCGGAUCUUAGACGUCGUGGAUACGUAUCGAAGGGAAACAAUAUGGAUAAAGUGAAAACUGAUAGUUAUAGACGUCGAAUGAAUCCUGAAAUUGAAUGCAGGCUAGCCGUCAUUUUCCCGUUCCCGGUUAGUGUAUUAAGAACGUGAAACUCCGGGUCGAAAUGUUCUCAAACGGGCAUGCGCCAAAGAGGUUCUAGAGGUGGGUACCGUCGGUAUACAAGGGUCACCUUGAUAAUGUUGGUUCAUUAGAAGAUACUCUGUGUGAUCAGAAGAAGACAAACGUAGUAACUUUCUUUAAAGUCAAAGCUUUUCAAUUUCCAACAGAGCUUUGUCUGUAUUAGUCCGAGCUUGUACUACAUCGUUGCAGUUAAAUUGAAACUUAAACAGUAAACAUGAACAAAUUCUCUACCAAAGACACUUUGCUUACAAGCGUCCAGUCCCCUAUAGAGAAUUCCGGCAACAAAGUUACAGUGGUUGGGGUUGGUGCUGUAGGGAUGGCAUGCGCUUUCAGCAUCCUGACCAAGGGCGUUUCGAAUGACAUAGCUUUGGUUGAUUGCGUCGCGGACAAAUUACAGGGCGAAAUGUUGGAUCUGCAACACGGUUCUGGCUUUAUAGAAAAUGCCAGGAUUGUAGCCAGCACUGAUUACGCAGUAACUGCUGGGUCCAGAAUCUGCAUUGUAACAGCCGGAGUGCGUCAGAGAGAGGGAGAAUCUCGUUUAGAUUUAGUCCAGAGAAAUGCUGACAUAAUGAAGCAGAUUAUUCCACAAUUGGUCAAAUAUUCGCCGAAUGCAAUUCUGUUGAUUGUCAGUAACCCGGUGGACAUUCUUACUCACAUUGCUUGGAAAAUAAGCGGACUUCCCAAAACCCGAGUUAUCGGUUCAGGGACCAAUUUAGAUUCGUCCCGCUUUAGGUUUUUGAUGUCUCAAAAAUUGGGAAUCGCUCCAACUAGCUGCCACGGUUGGAUUAUUGGAGAGCAUGGAGAUUCAAGUGGUAAGACGCACAACGGCAACAAAAUCGCUGUUUGGUCCGGCGCCAAUGUUGCCGGUGUGCGUUUGCAAGCAUUAAACCCGUCGCUUGGUUCAAAAAACGACAGUGAGGGAUGGGGUGAACUUCACAAAAAAGUCGUUGAUGGUGCUUAUGAAGUCAUUAAACUAAAGGGAUACACAUCCUGGGCCAUAGGACUCAGCGUUUCGGCUCUUUGUAAAGCGAUCCUCAAAAAUACAAGAACCGUUCACGCGGUUUCAGUUUUAGUUGAGGGUUUCCAUGAUGUUAAAGAGGAAGUUUUCUUAUCACUUCCGGCCGUAUUAGGUGAGAAUGGACUCACCGAUGUGAUUAUUCAGCCGCUUGAGGAUUCCGAGAAGGCGAAAUUGCAAAAAUCUGCGCAAAUCAUGUCGGAAGUACUGAAAGGUGUUAAAUUGUAAUGUGCUAAAGUUAUUUUCACGUAUUCAGUAUUGUCCUGUUGUUUUUAUGAGCCAGUAUUUUAUUUUUACAUAUUUCUGUACCCUGUUUUUAUAAUUUUUUGAUUUACAUUUUCUAGGUGCUCUGUUGAUUUAAGUAUACAACUAUUUUUUUUAUAAUGUAACAUGUACUGCACGUGUCGAAUGUAUUUAUAAUCAUACGAUAACAUUUAUAAAUUGCACUAUACAUACAUACAUAUAUUUUUGUCAAAAGCGCUUUCGUGUUGUACUUGAGAUUAUCAAAGUGAAUAUACAUGUUUUACCAUC